AGCUGCCGCUUUCCUCGAGACCUUAGAGAUGUCCACAGAGACUGAAGCCAUGUGGAAGAGUCUGAGUAAACUUACACUGGAGGCCAAACACCUGCAUAUAGCCGAGAGGUGUUUCUCAGCUCUGGGUGACGUCUCUAAGGCAAAAUUUCUACGUGAGACAAAUGAGAUCGCUGACCAGACAGCCGGGGAAUAUGGUGGUGAUAUCUCAAGGAAUUACAAGUUGCAGGCUCGGCUCGCCAUGCUGGACCGCGACUACAAACUGGCAGAGAUGAUCUUCCUGGAACAGAAUGCGGUGACAGAAGCCAUCAUGAUGUACCAGGAGCUGCACAUGUGGGAUGAAUGUAUCGCUAUAGCAGAGUCCAAGGGUCAUCCAGAGCUGGAGAUCCUGAAGCGCAGUUACCUGCAGUACCUGGCGGACAGUCAUCAGGAGGAGCGAGCGGGAGAGGUGCGGGAGCAGGAGGGCGAUUAUGUUGCUGCGGUUAAUCUCUACCUCCGCUCAGGACUCCCGGCCAAAGCCGCCAGAUUGUGUAUGAGCCGAGAACAGCUGCUACUGGACACAGAGCUGAUCGGGAGGGUCACCGCCGCCCUCAUUAAGGGGGAGUUCUAUGAGCGAGCCGGAGAUCUUUUAGAGAAAAUUAACAAUUCCCGUCGGGCUCUGGAAUGCUACUGCAAGGGCUUUGCUUUCCGUAAAGCGGUGGAGCUCGCCCGGGUGGCCUCUCCUGCGGAGGUGGUGAAUCUGGAGGAAGCCUGGGGAGAUCAUCUGGUGCAGCAGAAGCAGCUGGACGCCGCCAUUAAUCACUACAUAGAGGCUGGGUGCUCGGUUAAGGCCAUAGAAGCGGCCAUAGGUGCUCGGCAGUGGAAGAAGGCCACCCACAUCCUGGAGCUGCAGGAGCCGCGGACGGCCGGUGACUACUACAUGAAGAUCGCGCAGCACUACAGCUCCAUCCAGGAGUACGAGCUUGCGGAGCAGCUCUACAUCAAGGCCGGGAGGAGCAAGGAGGCCAUAGACAUGUACACACAGGCCGGCCGCUGGGAGCAGGCGCACGCGCUGGCCGUGAAGUGUAUGGACCCAGGAGACGUGUCCGUCCUAUAUAUCACCCAGGCCAAAGAGCAGGAGAAACAGGGUCACUACCGGGAGGCCGAGAGAUUAUAUAUCACAGUAGAUGAACCUGAUCUCGCUAUCGCCAUGUACAAGAGACACAAUUUACAUGAAGACAUGAUCCGCCUGGUCACAAAGUAUCACCCGGAUCUCCUGAUGGACACCCACCUGCACCUGGGCAAGGAGCUGGAGGCCGGGGGACGUCUGCGGGAGGCUGAGUACCAUUACCUGAAGGCCAAGGACUGGAAAUCGUCAGUGACCAUGUACAGGACGGCUGGGAUGUGGGAGGAGGCCCAUCGGGUGGCAAAAGCACAUGGAGGGGCCAACGCUUAUAAACAUGUGACCUACCACUGGGCAAAGAGCUUAGGAGGAGAGGCAGCAGCAAAGCUACUCACCAAGUUUAGCCUCCUGGAGACCGCUAUCGAUCACGCCACCGAGAACUGUACGUUCGAUUUUGCGUUUGAGCUGGCCCGUCUGGCGAUGAAAGAUAAACUCCCAGAAAUCCACCUGAAGUACGCCAUGUUCCUAGAGGACGAGGGAAAAUUUACAGAAGCUGAAGGUGAAUUUGUUAAAGCUGGAAAACCUAAGGAAGCCGUUCUAAUGUAUGUCCACAACCAGGACUGGGACGCGGCUCAGAGAGUGGCAGAGCUGUACGACACGGACAGUGUGGGGGAUGUUCUGGCCGGCCAGGCUCGCUUUGCCUUUGAACAGAAGGAUUAUCAGAAGGCAGAGGCGUUUCUGCUGCGUGCACAGAGACCUGAGCUUGCAGUGAAGUAUUAUAAGGAAGCCGGCAUGUGGAGCGAUGCCAUCCGGAUCUGCAAGGAGUACGUCCCUGGCCUUCUGGAGCAGCUGCAGCAAGAGUACGAGAGGGAGGGAGUGAAGAGAGGAGCCAGAGGAGCCGAGGCUUUACUGGAGCAGGCCCGGGAGUGGGAGCAAGCUGGGGAAUAUGCCAGAGCCGUGGACUGCUACCUGAAGGUGAAGGACCUGGACAGCACAGACGUCAUGGAGAAAUGCUGGAUGAAGGCUGCAGAGUUAUCCAUCAAGUUCCUGGCUCCCAGCAGAAGUCUGGAGGUUGUCCAUGUUGUUGGCCCUAAAUUGGCGUCUGCUGGAAAAUACAAUGCGGCGGCAGAGCUGUAUCUGAACAUGGACCUAAUUAAGGAAGCCAUAGACGCCUUUAUAGAUGGUGAAGAGUGGAACAAAGCCAAGAGAGUGGCCAAGGAGCUGGACUCCAGGUAUGAGCAGUACGUAGAUGAGAGAUAUAAGGAUUACCUGAAGAAUCAGGGGAAAGUGGACUCGCUUGUUGGGGUUGAUGUCAUGGCCGCUCUAGAUAUGUAUUCUGACCGCGGGCAGUGGGAGAAGUGCAUAGAGAUCGCUGGGAAGCAGAAUUACAAGGUCCUCCACAAAUACCUGGCGCUGUUUGCUACACAUCUCAUCAAAGACGAAAACUGGGAGAAGGCCCUCGCCUUGUACAUGCAGCACGGGGCCCCCGCCAAUGCCCAGAAUUUUAACAUUUAUAAACGUAUCUUCAUGGAAAUGGUGAACAGUGAGGGAAUGAACUGUGCAGAGUCAUACCACUUCUGGGCUAACCUCAGGGACAUGCUUUACAACCUGUGCGAGAAUCUGGUGAAAUCCAGUGAGGUGAAUUCUCCGGCCCACCAGGAGUUUGAGCAGAUGAUGCUGAUCGCUCACUACUGCGCCACCCGUUCUGCGUUCCAAGGAGUCCCCCAGCUGGAUGUUGUCGCUGCUAAACUCUGUGUCUCCUUGUUGCGGCACACGGAUCUGCUUCCUGCAGACAAGGCUUUCUAUGAGGCAGGAAUGGCUGCUAAGAUGAUGGGAUGGGAAAACUCGGCCUUCAUCUUCUUGAACAGAUUUCUGGACUUGGUAGAUGCCAUUGAGGAGGGAAAUCUGGAUGCUCUUGACCACACAGAUUUUCAGUCUACAGAUAUUCCCUUUGAAGUUCCGCUCCCUGCAAAGCAGCACAUUCCGGUGGAGAAGCGAGAGGAAGUGAGAGAAUGGGUGCUGGCAGUGUCUAUGGACCAGCGGGUGGAGCAAGUCCUUCCGGUUGAUGAGCGGGGCAUCUACGAGGCAUCGUUGGUGGCAGUGAACAGCGGUGUCCGCUCCCUCCCUUGUGUGAUCUCAGGGUAUCCCGUCCUCCGAAACAAGAUUGAGUUCAAACAGCCGGGCAGAGCAGCCAACAAAGACGACUGGAAUAAAUUCCUCAUGGCCAUUAAGACCAGCCACAGCCCGGAGUGCCAGGAUGUGCUGAAGUUCAUCAGUCGCUGGUGCGGAGCUCUCCCCAACACCAGCUUCUCUUUCCAGUAAGAAGAUCGCAUGGAGUCCUGUAUCAAUAAAAUGCUGUAAAUACAA